CUGUGCAUCUUAUUUAAAACUCGCGCGCAUCUUUAUUAAUCAUUCUUUGCGAAUGAAUCAUUUUGUGCAAUUAAAUACGAGUGUUUUUUCCGUAUUGGCAUAUAGAUAAAGUCAAUUAAUUUAAUUGAAAUAAAAAAUGAAUGUAGCGGUUGUAGGUGGUGGAAUCGUCGGUUUAUCCACAGCCCUUAAUUUCCAGAACGAGUUUAGAGAUUCAAAAAUUACAAUUUUUGCUACUAGUUUCCAAGAUACAACAAGUCAUGUUGCCGCAGGUAUUUUUCGAGUUGGAGCAUCGUUUUCUGGACCCUCUGAUGCGAUAACUUGGAAAUGGAUCAAAAAUUCCUAUGAUUAUUACGAUGAUAUUCGAAAAUCAGAUGAAGCUGCUUUAGCUGGUAUCACAAAUAUUUCUGGUUAUAUAUUUGCUAACUCUUCUCCAAACGCUGUAAAGAAUCAGUGGAUGGAAAAUCUAGUUCCAAUUUAUAGAAAAGUGACUUCUGAAGAAUUGCAACUUGUUGGAGGAAAUUGGAAAUAUGGAUCAUUUUUUACCACGAUUCUUAAUGAAACCAAUAACCAUCUUCCAUGGGCGAAACAAAAAUUAAAUUCAAAUGGAAUUGUUACGAUUGAAAAAACUGUCAACACACUGAAAGAAUUGAUUGAAUACGACCUGAUAAUUAAUUGCUCAGGAUUUGGAGCUCGGGAACUUUGUAAUGAUAGACACAUGGUUCCAAUUCGUGGUCAAGUUACAAAAGUGAAAGCUCCAUGGAUUAAAACCUUUUUUUAUGGGGAAAAUGAUACUUACAUCAUUCCUGGAUUCAAUGGGGUUUGCACUCUAGGCGGAAUUCGAUCUUUCGAAUCAGUUAAUCGAGAAGUUUGUUCUUACGACGCAGCAGCCAUUCGAGAAAGAUGUUUUAAGUUGCUUCCAUCAUUAUCAAAAGCUCAAGUUUUACGACACGUAACGGGAAUAAGACCUCAUCGUGAAGGUCACGUACGAGUUGAAUUGGAACGCAUUACCAAUGGACUCGUUGCAAAAAUGGUAAUACAUAAUUAUGGUCACGGUGGUUAUGGUGUUUCUACAGCUCCUGGAACGGCAAAAUAUGCGGUCGAGCUUGCAAAAGAAACUCACCGAAUGUCUUCUCGACUUUGAUUCGAAAAAGAACCACUUUUUCACACAAAACUGAGUGACAUGAAAAUUUUUCAAAAUAAGAUAUGUAUUUUUUUUCAUUACCAAACCAAACAGAAAUAAAACAUGUUGUUAAAUAA